GUUUUGGCUCCAGGGCAUGGAGGCCCACUGAGUUCCCCGCGCCCUUUCUCCCUGCAGCGAAACCACGCGGGGACUUCGCAGCGCGCAAUGGCAAUGCGCGUGUGCGUGAGGAACACCUUCAUCACUUUUGACGAAGGUGACGAGCCGCGGAUCUCUCCCAAGGCCUCGCCUCGUUCGAGGUCGGUGGAGUGCGCCUCCCCGCGCCGGGAGGAGUGUGAGCAGAUCGCCAAGCUCAACAAGAUCCUAGACGACGACGAGGAAGCGCUGCGCGAGAUCAGGUCCCCGGUCCUCGUGGCGACGCCGCUGCCGCAGUUCGACGGCCCCGGCCGCAUUCGCGCGGAUAGCUUUGGGAGCUCGGGCGCCUCCUCGCCGCCAGAACAAGAGCAGAUCAGCGGCGGGCCAAGUCCGCAGGAGCUGAAGCAGCUGAAGCAGAGGUUGAAGGAAGUGUGCCAACACGGAUACAAUGGCGGCACCAUGCACCGUGCCGCCUCCAACAACUCUGUGUGGAGCCUGGGAAGCGAAGCCACAGAGGACGGCAACGGUCGGGGCUUGCGCCACGUGCACUCCCACGGCUCCAUGAGCAGCGUGACCUCCUUUGAGGCAAACCGCUCUCGUGCAUGCUCCUAUGGCUCCAUUUGCAGUGCCAUGGAGGAGACUGACGAGCCAGUGGAAUUUGACCUCGUGGAAUACUCGGAGGACCACCCGAAGCCUGAGCCCCGCGAGCGCGACGGACGCAUCAGCGAGGGCCGCGAGGGUCGGGAGCGGCGGGGCCGCGAGGGCCGGCGCAGGAAGAAGCAAGAUCCAGGACCCAAUGACACGGGGCCCAAGCCUGUGGGCUUGGUGGACGAGUGCCCCAGCCCCACGGCAAGCCCGACCAGCUGGAGCCCUCGACAAGGCAGCAUCACUUCCCGCGCCUCGAGCCCCUCCGGAGACAAGUCCAAGGUGUGGCAGAAGGAAUACCGCCACUCCCUCGUGCCCAAGACGGUGAACUUGCAGGAUGAGUACUUGAAUCAGGCCGCUCAGGACAUCACAACCCUCAUGAUCAGGAACAUCCCGAAUCGGUACUCUCAGCGUGACCUCAUCUCAGAGUUGGAGGAUCUCGGAUUUGCAGGCAAGUUCAACUUCCUGUACAUUCCUUUGGAUAAGGGCACCAUGGCCAACGUGGGCUAUGCUUUCGUGAACUUCAUCAGCAAGAACUGGGCACAGAAGUGUAUGGAGGCCUUCCGGGAGUAUCGCUUCAAGCGGCACAGGAAGACCUCAGGCAAGAUCGCGUCCAUCUCCGCGGCACAUCUCCAGGGCCUCGAGGCAAACCUGGCGCACUACGAGCGGGCCGUUGUGAACACGGCCAAGCUGAAGCAGAGGCGACCUGUUGUGAUUGCGAACAUCUCCUCCAGCCUGGAAUGAGAAGGC